UCAAUAUGGAAGCGGCCACGAUUUUCGUCAAGUAUGUAUUCCUGCCGCAACAACAAAAAGACAACGUGUCAUGAACAAUAAAAGUCACCAUUUGCAAGUAAAUAAUUAGGCCUACCCCUGAAAUCAAGGGCGCAUUCACAGUGUGAUAAAUGGCGGCCUUCAGAUGUAACAAGUGGUUCUUGUGCAACUUUCUGGCAUCUGUGUUUGUCUUCCUAAAGCGCAUCUUAUUCAAUAGAUUUCAUCGAGGCAGUAAAAGUGACACAGACUUGCCGAAACAUUCAAGCAACAUAAGAACUCCGUCUGCAGCCAACUCACCUAAUGAUCACGAACAAGAUGUAGCUGACUGGGAUGAUUGGGAUUAUGCUGGCGCCCCAACGAGUAUCGUAGUAGAACCCAACGACCCAAAUCUUGCCCAACAACAAGUGGAUUUAAAUCAACCUGCCGAAGACAUCCCUGAAAUGGAUUACUUCAGUGACAUGGCACCCACUAUGAAAAGAACAGUAUUGAUCCGGAAAAAGGACCGUGGUAGGGGAGGUUUACCGAACAGUGGAGUUUCCAACAGGCUAGCAAUGAAUGUUGACGUAACACCGAUGGCAUCGUCGGAGUUGUCAACGUGGGACGACAACAACGAGGGAACCUGGGAGGAUGAAGCAGGCGCUAUAGACCUCUCAUGGGAUGCGGACAGAGUGAUCAAAGAGAAGAAACAAGCAGAAAGAGACAAGAGAGCUGCCGAGCAACAUCGGAAGAAGAUGGAACGAGAAGCUCAGAGAGCAGUGAAGAAAGACACAAGUAAAUUAGCUGUUAAGUUAAAGUGAUCAUUGAUAUCGAAGCUCGGUGCAUAAAUAUUUUAAAUUUCACAACAGUUUUACUUCGAUGCAUCGCAUAUCUAAUUCAAAUCUUCUUGCAAAAAGCCCGGUUCAUACUUCCUGCGAAUGCGAUACGAAUGUUGACGUCACAUAUUCGCAACGAAAAAUUUGCAGCAGU